UGACGGGUAUAUUGUCCAGCCGCCAUCUUGCCUGGUUGUGUCUGGCUUCAGGCGCGCGCACUGAACCGACCCGGAAAACUCGAGCCGAGUUAAACUGACGGGAAACAUGAACGUAUGAUAUUAACCUGCGCGUGUGUCUUCAGAGAUGGCGGCGAUCCGUAAGAAGCUGGUGAUCGUCGGGGACGGCGCGUGCGGGAAGACCUGCCUCCUCAUAGUCUUCAGUAAAGACCAGUUCCCAGAGGUCUACGUGCCCACCGUCUUCGAGAACUAUGUGGCUGACAUCGAGGUGGACAGCAAGCAGGUGGAGCUGGCACUGUGGGAUACGGCGGGACAGGAGGAUUAUGAUCGGCUGCGGCCGCUCUCCUAUCCGGACACUGACGUCAUCCUGAUGUGCUUCUCCGUCGACAGCCCCGACAGCCUGGAGAACAUUCCUGAGAAAUGGACGCCCGAAGUCAAGCAUUUCUGCCCCAACGUUCCCAUAAUCCUGGUGGGCAACAAGAAGGACCUGCGGAACGACGAGCACACGCGCCGCGAGCUCUUCAAGAUGAAGCAGGAGCCGGUCAAACCCGAGGAGGGCCGAGACAUGGCCAACCGCAUCUGUGCCUUCGGAUACAUGGAGUGCUCUGCCAAAAGCAAGGACGGCGUGCGUGAGGUGUUCGAGAUGGCCACCAGGGCGGCGCUACAGGCGCGUAAGGGCAAGAAGAACAACAAGUGCCUCCUGCUGUGAACUUCCUCUCCGACUCCGGCAGUUCCUCUAGUGCUGAGAGUUCCCGUCAGUAUUUAACGCUUCAGACUCGCCGCAAACACACACAUAUGCAACCCAUCUGGAUCAGCCCUGCACACACACACUCCCACAGACUUGAAGAUCACUCUUUUGUCUUUCACAAUAAACAGACUUUGGUAUGUUUGUGUAUUAAAGCCUUUAUAAGACG